GUGACAGAGUGCAAAGGAAGGAAGGAGUACAAGUUUACGAAUUCUACGUCAUUCUUCAAAAGUCCAAUCCAUGAAUAAAAACUUAACCUUGGUUAAUAUGAAUUACAAGCAUAAACCCACAUCCCUCCAAAUUAAGAGCAUAGUAAAAACCCACUACUAAUUUUUAUUUUGGAGUUUGGAAAUUAUAUAAAACAGUGGAGAGGAUAAAGACUCAAUCUUUGAAGAGUUGAGAGACUCUGUUUCUUUGUUCUGGUGAAGUGAAAGGGGGAAAAAAACAAAUGGCGGGAUGGUGGAAAAACAAGAGGGAAGUGAAAUUGCUGGUGAACAUCAUGUUUCCACUCUGUAUUCACUGGAUUGCUGAAGAGAUGGCUCAUUCUGUUCUUGUGGAUGUUACCACUAAUGCUCUCUGUCCUGAUCAUUCCUCUUGUUCUCAAGUUAUCUACAUUAAUGGCGUCCAGCAAACUGUUAUUGGAAUCUUCAAAAUGAUGGUUCUUCCAGCUUUAGGACAACUCUCAGAUGAGUACGGUCGAAAGCCUACCCUCUUGGUUGCUAUAUCUGCCAGUAUUGCUCCUUUCACUUUGAUUGCUAUCAGUGAUUCAAAGGGCUUUGUGUAUGCUUAUUUCGUGCUUCGUACUAUUUCAUCUAUCCUAAGUCAAGGAAGUAUUUUCUGCAUUACUGCUGCUUAUAUGGCAGAUGUUCUGGAUGAUAACAAGAAAACCUCAGCUUUUAGCUGGAUGAUGGGCCUUUUCUCUACUUCUCAUGUCCUGGGGAACAUUAUUGCCCGUUUUCUUCCUGAAAAGUACACUUUUGAGGUUUCUGUUCCCCUGUUGAUUUUUGUUCCUGUUUAUAUGAUUCUGUAUAUGACUGAGACCGUGACUCCAGCUUCAAAAAAGGACCAUUCUUUGCCAUUCUCGAAGAGCAUACUAAAGAUCGUGCGUGAACGAUAUGAAUCAAUGAGAUAUACAGCAAAUAUUGUCAGCAUCAACCCAACUCUGAAGCGGGUUAAUCUUGUUUUAUUCUUCUAUGAAUUGGGGAUGUCUAGCAUCAACAGCACCUUACUGUAUUAUCUGAAAGCAGCUUUUGGAUUCGACAAAAAUCAAUUCUCCGAAAUUAUGAUUGUUGUAGGAGUUGGUUCCAUUAUUUCCCAGUUGGUGGUGCUUCCUAUCAUCAACCCUUUGGUUGGAGAGAGAAUAAUCCUAUGCACAUCGUUAUUCUCAACUACAGCAUAUGCGCUGCUUUAUGGUUUGGCAUGGGCUCCAUGGGUACCCUACUUAAGUGCUUCUCUAGGGGUUGUUAACGUUCUUGUCAAACCUUGUACCUAUGCGCUCAUAUCCAAAGCAGCUGGUCCAAGUGAUCAGGGAAAGGCGCAGGGAUUUAUAGCCGGUGUACAGUCCAUUUCCAGCUUGUUGUCGCCAUUAGUUAUGACUCCUUUGACCUCACUAUUCCUGUCAGAAGAUGCGCCAUUCAACUGCAAAGGUUUUAGCUUCGUAUGCGCAUCUGUAUCUGUGGCUGUAUCACUUGUUUUGGUGUGUUCGCUAAAGCCGGCUCCCCCAAGCAAGACCUUGGAGGUUGAUGAAGAAAACAUUGAAGCCCCCCUGUUGUCAUAG